AUGGCGUCAAGCCUAUUAUGGGGAGCUUUGGACCUAGAUCUUCUGGACACGUCCGAGCCUGCAUGGCCCAAAUAUCAUCGAUCUUGGAUUUUAAGCUGUCUUUUCGAGGCAAUUCUCUGCAUUCUGGAGUCAGUCUUAUUUUUCCAGUCAGAAAAAAGUCGCCACGGCAUCGCUCUGUUUGCAUUACAGGUCUGCAAAAUCAAAUGUAGCAUUGCGCUCGGGCUCAAUGCAAAUGUCAUCUGUCGACCCACGAAGACUCGAAAUGAUGCAGAAAACCAGUGGCUCCUCGAAUGUGAACCGACCGAACGAGCAGUCUAUGGAUCAACACCAAGCUGUCAAAAUGAUACUGAGAACGGCGAUGCGCUAAUCAAAAUGCACCAACGCAAGCGGUUAGAAAAGCAAGGUUGGUUUGCCUAUAUCAAAGAGUUUCGAAUUUUUCUACCGUGUCUCUGGCCAACCGGAAGCAUUCGAGGGAAACUAUGCCUGGUAGUUCUAAUCCUUGACCUCGUGAUCAACAGAUUCCUCAGAGUAUUGACGCCUAGACAGCUUGGAGUUAUCACCGAUAAGCUUAUUGCCCACGACUUCGAUAUGGCUUGUUACGAGGUCGGAAUCUGGGUUCUCUUCUCUUGGCUCAAGAAUACUGCUGGACCGCUAGGAGUUAUCAAAAGCAUGGCUCUGCUGGAAGUUCGGAACUUUUCGUACCAAGAAAUUUGCCGUCUUGCCUUCAAGCAUGUAAUGACACUUUCUAUGGAUUUCCACAGCAACAAGGACUCUGCCGAGAUUAUCAAAGCUGUUGAACAAGGAAAAUCCAUUGGAGAUCUCGCAAAGCUGCUCCUUCUUGACAUACCCCCAGUUGUUGUUGAUCUUGUCGUUGCUAUAUGCUACAUUACUUCUCUAUUUGACGGAUAUGUAGCCUUUACGACCUUUCUCGUUGGCAUUUCAUAUGUGUGUAUCACAAUCAAGAUCAAGAACUGGACACAGCCACUGCGACGAAUCUACAAGGAGAGAUCGCGUACUGAGAGCAAUGUAGUCAACGAGUCUCUGGGAGGCUGGCAGACAGUCACAUACUUCAAUCGCCUUGCAUAUGAGGAACAACGUUACAUGGGAGCCGUUCAGGAUUCACUCGUUGCAAAACAAGCGUACCGAAACCGAAUGAAUUCAGGCAAUGCAGUCGAGACAAUGAUCAUGUUUCUAGGUUUGCUCAGCGCCUCACUCCUUGCAAUACGAAAAAUUUCUUCUGGAGAGGCCUCCGCUGGAGAUUUCGUCACACUUGGAACCUUCUGGACAACGAUGACGUAUCCACUUGAGAUGAUAGCAUGGUCUCAUUCCAAUAUGACAUCGAUUUUCAUUGAUGCAGAACGCCUUUUACAGCUGAUACUCAUGAAACCGUCAAUUUCCGAUCGACCUGACUCAUACAAGCUCGGCUCAUACGCUGGGAAGGUCGAAUUUCGCAACGUUGAGUUUUCCUACGGUCCAACAGGAAAGAAGAUUCUCAAUGGUAUCAACUUUGGGGCUUCGCCUGGCGAGAUGGUUGCCUUUGUUGGUAAGACAGGAAGUGGAAAAUCGACGAUACUCAAACUGCUCUGUCGGCACUAUGAUGUAACAGGCGGAUCUAUCUUCAUUAACAAUCAAGACGUGCGCAACAUUAGUCUUCAAAGCUUACGGAAUGUUGUCGGCGUCGUCCCCCAAAAUCCUUCCCUAUUCAAUCGAACAAUCCUCGAGAAUGUUCGAUAUUCAGAGCCAGAUGCAACAGACGAGGAGGCUUUUGAUGCGUGUAAAAGUGCGGCGCUUCACGAAGAUAUCAUGUCACAUCCUGAUCACUACAACACUAAAGUCGGUGAACGAGGUGUGAAGCUCUCGGGCGGCGAACUCCAACGCCUAGCAAUCGCACAACUGCUAUUGAAGAAGAAGUCAAAGAUCAUCCUCCUCGAUGAGGCAACAAGCGCCAUGGACUCAUCAACAGAGGCGGAGGUUCAGGAGGCUUUCCAAAAGCUUCGAUCUGGACGGACAUUGUUUGUUGUGGCCCAUCGGCUAUCUACUAUCGUUGAUGCGGACUUAAUUCUUUUCGUCAAAGAUGGUGAUAUUGUUGAAAGAGGCACACAUCAGGAGCUAAUUGAAAGGAAAGGGGAGUACUUUGAGCUCUGGGAGCGCCAAAACAGACAGACAGGAAAGAAGUAG